GUCCUCUUCCUGGGCCAAUACUGCGCUUGCGCAAUGACGGGAGUCCUUGGCUGCUCGGCCUGCUGUAGGUUACAGAUCCGGUGAGGGGACACAGACAAAAUGCAGAGCUGGACGCAGUUAUACCGCUCCCUGGCCACGCGGAGCCACCAUUUGCCCUGCAAAGUGCAUGGAGCUGCAGUGCUGUCUGUCCGAACCUACGCCGACAAAGCAGCAAUCGAUGCAGACGUCACAGUAGUGGGCUCCGGUCCAGGCGGCUACGUCGCUGCAAUCAAAGCUGCGCAGCUCGGCUUCAAGACAGUGUGUGUCGAGAAAAAUCCCACGCUUGGAGGCACUUGUCUCAAUGUCGGCUGCAUCCCCUCGAAGGCUCUCCUGAACAACUCCUAUUUGUACCACUUGGCUCACGGCAAGGACUUUGAAAGCAGGGGCAUCGAAAUUUCAGGCAUCUCACUGAACCUGGAGAAGAUGAUGGCUCAGAAGAGCGGGGCGGUCAAAGCGCUGACCGGAGGGAUCGCACAUUUAUUCAAACAGAACAAAGUGACCCACGUUAAUGGUUUUGGGAGGUUGACCGGGAAGAACCAAGUGACCGCCACAGCGGACGAUGGUACCGAGCAGGUCAUCAACACUAAGAACAUCCUCAUCGCCACGGGCUCUGAGGUCACACCCUUCCCAGGCAUCCAGAUCGAUGAAGAGUCCAUCGUGUCGUCGACAGGAGCUCUGUCCCUGAAGAAAGUGCCAGAGGAGCUGAUCGUGAUCGGAGCCGGAGUCAUCGGGGUGGAGCUGGGGUCAGUGUGGCAGCGUCUGGGUGCUAAUGUCACAGCGGUGGAGUUCCUGGGCCACGUGGGCGGCAUGGGCAUCGACAUGGAGAUCUCCAAGAGCUUCCAGCGCAUCCUGCAGAAGCAGGGCCUCAAGUUCAAGCUCAGCACCAAAGUCAUGGGAGCCACCAGGAGGCCCGACGGCAAGAUCGAUGUGGCAGUGGAGGCAGCAGCUGGAGGGAAGAACGAGACUCUGACCUGUGACGUGCUGCUGGUCUGCAUCGGGAGACGACCUUUCACCCAGAAUCUGGGCCUGGAAGCCGUCGGCAUCGAGCUGGACAACAGGGGUCGCAUCCCCGUCAACAACCGCUUCCAGACCAAAGUCCCCAGCAUUUAUGCGAUCGGUGACGUGGUUGCUGGGCCGAUGUUGGCCCACAAGGCCGAGGAUGAGGGCAUCAUCUGCGUGGAGGGCAUGGCGGGCGGCGCUGUGCACAUCGACUACAACUGCGUUCCCUCUGUCAUCUACACGCACCCUGAGGUGGCCUGGGUGGGCAAGAGCGAGGAGCAGCUCAAGGAGGAGGGCGUCCCGUACAAAGUCGGCAAGUUCCCCUUCGCAGCCAACAGCCGAGCCAAAACCAACGCUGACACCGACGGCAUGGUGAAGAUUCUCAGCCACAAGGAGACAGACAGGAUGCUGGGAGCUCACAUCCUUGGAUCAGGAGCAGGAGAGAUGAUCAAUGAAGCUGCUUUGGCCAUGGAGUACGGAGCUUCCUGUGAGGACGUCGCCAGAGUCUGCCACGCCCACCCCACGGUGUCCGAGGCGUUCAGAGAAGCCAACCUGGCCGCUUCCUUUGGCAAAGCCAUCAACUUCUGAUCUGCCAGCCGCUGUCGCACCUUCAGCAGACAUGACAGCGGAGAAACGGAAAGCUGUGUGUCUGCAUCAACAACCUUCUGACUUUGACCCACCUGGGAUCCCCGGUGUACAUCCAGACUGUACCAGUUUAGCUCUAAUGUUAUUUAAAUGUUCAAUAAAAUGAUAAACGGCGGUUUGGUGGCUAAAUAAACACUGACUGCUGUCAGACUUUCUGUUUUCCACACGUAGUUUAAGAGCUCAGCAGAGCGUUUUAUGCACUCAUUUGCAGGGCGUGGAGUAUUUUGGCUGUUUCUCUUGUGCAAGCAGGAUGUUUCUGUCUUUGUUUUUUACAGCAUGGAACAAAUCUGAUGGAAACGAGCUGCUCGAAUAUUCACAACUGCGGGUUUUACAUUUUGAAAUAGAUUCUUGCCCCGCCCAAAUUGGUGACAUCACAGCCAGUGUCCAACCACUGAAGAUGAGCUCCUGACUUUUUUUUCCAGGUUCUCACUGACUGAUGUCACAGAUUUGUGCAGAAAUAGACGUUUGAUGAGAGUGAAUGUAGCUCAGCGGCUGCUUCCUGUGUAGCUUCAGCUCUGAGGGACUUUUUCAUCCCCAUCAGCUGCUGAUAGUUGCUGGGUGACCGUAUCCUGCUCUAAUUACUCUGCUGUGGUUCGUUCGGACCUGUAUCUCACCAUCAACCAAUAAAUGCAGUAAAUCAGA